CUAGAUGACAAAACAGAAAGACAACAUUUACUUGAUACCUAAUUUCCAGCCUUCAGAGAUCAUCAGCUAUUUUUCUGAACAUGGUAUCCAGAUUAUGCAAUCAGAAGUGGUCAAACCUUCUCUUCAGAGUGUUCUACGAAUUUAUAAUUCCAUCAUAAAUUGCGUAUGCAUUAACAAUGGUAUAAGUAAUGAUGCAGAUGAGUCAAAAUUUCUCAUGAUACUUUAUAAAAGAGUGGAUAUGUUGUUAAGGAGGCUCGGCAUCGAUUUUUUUGAGCUCAAAGACUUGCUUACACCUUCAUACAAAAGAAAUUUGAAUUUUCUGAGCACCAUCUACAACUUUUGUAUAUAUAGAGACAGCAAGAAGGAAUAUUAUGAAAAGUUAUUAUCGAAAAAGGAGGAGCAAGAGAACUUGCUAAGCGAGAUAAAUGUGUCAAUAGACAUGGCUGAGUCGAAGCUUAAGAAUAUGAAGGACGAAGCGCUAAAAAGGGAAAAGGAAAACAGCGAAUUACAAAAGAAGGUGGAAGAAUUAGAAGAGGAGGUAAAAAGCAUUUGCAGAGAGCAGCGAGAACGCGUAAACAAAGUUGAGGAGAUAAAAAGAGAAAGAGACGAGUCUUACGACAAAUUGAGCUCGUUGAAAUUGGUAUGCUUGAAUUUAAAACAAGAGAUAAAGGAAAUGAAGACACAGGUGAUUGAUGAUCCUUCGAAGAUGCUGUCCUUGAUCGAGGAGAUGCAAGUCCUGAUCAGGACAGAGAAGGUUAGCAUCGAAGAAUUCAACAAAAAGAUUAGACAUACGGCUGAAUUAAUCGAAAAAGAAGAAGGGGAAAAGGUAAGAAUGCAGAACGCGAUAAAAAUGGCUAUCAGCCAGAAGAACAAGACAAAGGCUAUGCAAGCAUUGCAAAACGAGAUAGCAGGUUUUGAGAGAACGAUUAAGAACCUAUCCAUGUCCAUAAAUGCGUCUAACAGACGAGUGGAGCACCUAAGUAGGCAGAUAAGCCAUAUUGAGGGGAAGAUAGAGGCAUUGAAAAAGAAAGAUCAGGAAAACGCGAAGGAGCUGUCUAACAACCUCAAUAAAUUAAAGGACAAUUACUCAAAAGUAAGAACAGAAAGAAACGAUUAUUUCGAAAGGAUAGCGAAUAAUCAGAAGGAGAUAAAAGAACUUGAAUUUAAAAUGGUACAGGUUAUGAACCAGCAUCAGAAGGAUAUGCAUGUAUUAAUAAGCAAAUUGACAGAACUGAAAAACGCUGCCAAUAAGUAUUUUAUGGGAUUUGAGGACUUCAACCGCGAGCUGUAAAAUUAAAAUAUCGUUGAUAUAGCACCCAGGAUAUAAAACAGUGUCCUACUACGCUUUAUUAGUUAUGUCUUUGUGUCACAUCGGUUGCUAGAGACUUCCACUUGCAAAGAUACUUCCUAUACGUCACAAUAAAUGAAAAUUAUCUUUGGCAACUUAUAAAACAA